AUGGACCGUCGCCAUGGUCGCCCCGACGAGGAGAUGUUCCUCAGCAAACCCUCGGAAGGUGGCGAUAGCCCGACCGUGGAGCCUUUGAGAAUCUUCAAGCCGCAAAGCCCUCCUCCCUCUUCGACUUCCAGUCCUUUCAACUAUCCAGCUCCAGCAUCGUCAAAGCAGCCGACGUUUCCCCUCCCACCGGGAGCCUCGAGCUCGGCUGCCCCUCUGCCUUAUCCCGAGGACGAUGACUUCCGACCCAGUCAGAGCUCAAGGCCUCCCUAUCCAGCCGACGGCGGCAGGCGAUAUACAAGUCCCAACAACGACACUUCUCCACGACUAGACACCAGCCCAACGGCGGACAAGCGCCCCGGACUGGCAGAGCGUCGUGGUACUGCCCCUCGUCCUCUACCAGGAGCCUUGAGCCCGGCAAGCCCGGCUUCUGACGACGGCAACCUUUUUGCGAAGCCUCUGGUCUCCCAGCAGCCGCAACACCCGGCAGCUUCCAACUUCCCCAAUUAUCAGAAGAAGCCUUACUAUCCACCUCCAGGAGGCCACCCGUCCGAGUCGAUACAGACCUCGCACGUCAGUCGGCCACAAGGCAGUGAGCCAGGCUUCCUUCAGAAGCCCAUCGAGAGCAGCAUGAACCGAUUCGCCUCGACAGCGUCCACUUCGACGACCAGGGCCAGCCGUGGAUCUCCGCCGCCGCCGGAAACACCAAUUGUCGAACCCGGCCAGAUUCCAGGAGGGGGAAUCGAGGCGAGAUAUGCCGCAGCUGGCAUCGCCGGGACAGGAACCCUCAGCAGCUUCCAGAGCUCUGCCGCGUCACAGCGAUUGGCGCAAUAUGGACAGCAACCGCCACAACAGCAACAACAGCCCGCUCCAGCGGCACAGAGUCGGCCGGCUCGGCCAUGGACACCUACGGAAGAUCACGGCACCCAGCCGCAUGGCCCGCCUACAGUUUACCAAGGCGCGGAACCGGUCCCGAGCGGCCCAGCACCGAGCACGCAAAAUGCGCCUGGGAGCGCCUCCGCCAGCACGGCGGCAGGCUCGAAUCUCCAAGUCAGUGUUUUAGAGCAGGACUUCCAACGCAUGCAGAUGGCCGGAAACGACCCACCUCCUGCGUACUCGAGUAUAACCGGCAGUGGCGGUGCUGGCUAUCCCGCCGAGAAGCAACGCCCCGGUGCUGCUGGUGCAGGUCCAGCCCCAGCUGGACAUCCAGCAACUGGCCCGUCGCAAGUAGCUUCGCCACAGAAGAAGCAGGCCGAAGUUGGUGCUGGACUCGCCUCGCCGGCGCUGCAGCAUCCUGGGCAUCCGGCAUUUGCAAACGAUCCCAAGCCCGAGGCGUCCACAAGUGCGCAGACGACCCACAAGCCUCAGCAAAUCAUCACACAAACUCCUUCUCCGUUUCAGGGACAAGGUCCGUCUUCACCACCGCCUCUGCCUGAGGGCUGGAUUGCACAUCUGGAUCAGAACUCUGGCCAGUAUUACUAUAUCCACUUGGCGACGCAAGCGACGCAAUGGGAGUUUCCGAAGGGGCCCAACCCCAUCCAACAUGACGUUGCGCCACUCUCGCCAGCAGCUUCGACGUACGGCAAUCCCUUGGCAUCACCUCUGUUCGGAAAACAAGCAGCUCUGGCUUCGCCGAUGUUCCCGCCCCAGACACCCGGCUACGCAGAAAGUAUCAUGAGUGUGGCUGCCUCGGCUGCGCCGACUGCUGCUGGAUUUUCCGGGCCGCCUCCAGGUGCUGGCGUGGACAUGUACAAGGUUCAGCCCACAAACGGCGUCUAUUUUGGCCCGUAUCUGAGAUACGUAAAUAUGGACCUCGAGCGGGGAGUCUGGCUCGGAAGCAUCUUGAUCGUCACCGAUGCGCCCCAGCCGCCGACGAUCCACCUGCAUAAGAGUGCUGAUCUCUCUCCAAACCCUCGCCAACUUCAGCCGAACUGCAUUUACACACAUCAACGAUGGCAGUUUCUCAAGUACGAUAUUGACAUUCAGAUGGAAGAUGGCCCCACCCAAAGAUGGACUUAUGCCGUUACAUCUCACUUGGGCUGCACAAGAUACGAGUUCAUUGUCGCUGGCAAGAACGAGACAAACUGGCGCUUCAUUGCUCAUUCUGGCAACGACUUUGCCGCGAGCACCACGCAAGCGGAGCGGAGCAAGCUUGGCGGCGUUGGUUUCAUGUGGAAAGACGUACUGCAGAAGAACGUCGACUGUGGCGGCUUCCACGUGCAGCUUGGCCUUGGCGACCAGAUCUACGGAGACAGGUUGUGGAAGGAGGUCCCGUUGCUGAAGCAGUGGUUGGCUAUGCAAGGCAAAGACAACCGGCAAAAGGCCUCAUGGACAGCACGACACGAAGAGGAUGUGUCCCACGCAUACUUCCACUUCUACACGAGCCACUUUGACCAGCCUUUCCUCCGAGAGGCCUUUGCGCAGAUCCCCCACGUUUGCCAGAUUGACGAUCACGACAUAUUUGACGGCUAUGGUUCGUACCCCGAGUACAUGCAAACCUCACAGACAUUCAAGAACAUUGGCAGAAUAGCGAUCGACAUGUAUCUGCUUUUCCAGCAUCACACCACGUUGGAGGUUCUGCGAGGCAUCAGCCAUGAUCUAGAUCUCUUCACGGUCACUGGCCAAGGUUGGCACUUUGUCAAGCACCUCGGCCCUGCUGUCGUCGUCAUUGGCGCCGAUGUUAGGUCUGAACGGAAUCAGACCCGGGUCAUCGCUGGACCCACGUACCAAGGCUUGUUCCCGAAGGUUGCAAUGCUGCCUCCCAGUGUGCAGCAUUGCAUCUGGAUGCUUUCAGUGCCAGUUGUGUACCCUCGACUUGACACAGUGGAGACUUUGGCCAACACUUUCGCCACGGGAAAGAAAGCUGUCAACACGACUUACAACAUGCUCGGCAAGGUGACGUCGUCGGUGGCUGGCAUUGUCGGUGGCAAAGACGUGGUCGCGCACGGCUUUAGCUCUGUGAAGAAGGCCGUUGGUAAAUCAGGUCUCAUGGGCAACGUCGUCAAUCAAUUUGGCGACCUGGACAUUGGCGAGAUUUUGCGCGACAUGUGGACACACGAGUCCAAGGACCUUGAGCGGACGUACCUGAUUCGGACCCUGCAGGGCAUUGCACACCAGAAGGGUAUCAGAAUGACGUUCUUGUCGGGUGACGUCAAUGCCGCUGGUGCAGGCUUAGUCCACGACCCAAGCCACCCAAGCGACCAUAAGACCAUGUACCAGGUCAUCACUUCGCCCAUCGUCGCGGCACCCGCAGCGCAGUAUAUCCUUAAGCUCCUCCACAACAACAAGGCACAAUACGUGCCAGCGAACGGACAGAAGAGCACGCACGAAGUCAGCGACACCAAGGAAGACAUGAUGGAGAUCUUCCACACCGACGCCUCCGGGGCGCCGCGCGAACUCAAGAAGCUCAUGGGCCGCCGCAACUACGUCGCCGUCGUGGCAUACGACCCGGACCAGGCGCAGGGCAUGCCGCAACAGCCACCGCACUUCCAGCAGCAGAAUGGCAACGGGCUCAACAAGCUCAGUCUCGCGGUGGACUUUGUCGUGCAGGGCGACGGGGCAUUCACGGGGCCCACAAAGUACGGACCAGUGAUUAUCCCUCACCUAGAAUUUGGCAGGUGA